GAGACUGCCACACCCGCGCGGGUUUCAAUUUGGUCCGGUCCGCGGGUUGGCCUCCCGGCUCCGACCUUUGCUCCGCGGCGCGGUGUUACGUCACAGGCUGCGGUCAGCUCAAGAUGGCGGCGCCCGCGUGCUGCAGGGGGCUCGGGCCGCGGGUGCUGUCCUGGAGCCGAGCGCUGCCGUGUGCCUGGCGCGCCCUGCAUGUCUCCGCGGUCUGUGCCAAGAACCGGGCGGCCCGGGUCCGCGUGGGGAAAGGGGACAAGCCCGUGACCUACGAGGAGGCGCACGCGCCUCACUACAUCGCCCACCGCAAGGGCUGGCUGUCGCUGCACACAGGUAACCUGGAUGGGGAGGACCACGCUGCAGAGCGAACAGUGGAGGAUGUUUUUCUUCGCAAGUUUAUGCUGGGCACCUUCCCCGGCUGCCUGGCUGACCAGCUUGUCCUGAAGCGCCGAGCUAACCAGGUGGAGAUCUGUGCUCUGGUGCUGAGGCAGCUGCCAGCGCACAAGUUCUACUUCCUCGUGGGCUAUAGUGAGACUCUGCUGUCCUACUUUUACAAGUGCCCUGUGCGGGUGCACCUCCAAACUGUGCCCUCAAAGGUUGUGUACAAGUACAUCUAGGACGUGCCUCUUAUGGCAAGCUAUAGCCUGCAGAGGACAGAAACGUGUGGGAAAAGGGGUGAAGUAGAAGUUGGGAAACUCAUCCCUUCAGAGCCCACAGACCUCACUUUCAAAGCUGCUGUUGAAUAAAUGGACUGUCCAUGUUG